AUGGUGGCUCCAUUGGCACCCCCUGUCACUCGCAAAGCUAGCUCCAGCGCUGUCGCUGCACAGUGGUCUCACGUGGGCCACCACCGUACAAGCAUCCCUCCAGAAGCGACGUUCGAUGAGCAGAAUUCGCAGAUCAAGCAGGAGCUGCUGGCGCUAAUUACCCAGUACCUACAGCAGGAAGGGUUUACGAUGUCGAGCGCCACAAUUCAAGACGAAGCCAACGUCAAGCGCCACGUCCGGCUGCAAGAGAGAGAUGCACUUCGACGGUUGAGCACAGCUAUUAUGGACGGGGAUUGGGAUCUUGUGGCUAAACUGCUGGGCAAGCACCUGAAGAAAUUUCACGCCGCCCACCAGGGGUUCCUGUACGCCGUGUGCAAACAGGAAUAUCUGGAACUCAUUGACCGACAAGAGUAUCAAAAGGCCUUUACUUUUCUCACCACGCACCUCAAGCCGCUAGAGAAAGUGGCGGUCGCGACGAGCUCAAGCCGCCACGAAUUUAAAGAGCUUUGUUACUUGCUCACUUGCAAAGCCGUGGGUGAAUCGAAUGCUUUUCGGGACUGGGAAGGUGUCGUGGGGUCAAGAGAGAAGCUGGUAGAGCAGCUAAAAGCCACUUUUGCCCUAGAAGAGGUAAUUUCACCUCAGCAGGAUGGAGAUGCUAUCAUGACAACGCCACCUGUGGUACUUCCAGACAACCGACUGGUGCAGCUACUACACCAAAGUGUAGCAUAUCAGAUGGAGUUCAGCAGAUACCAUCCAAAGACCAUUCCCAAGGUUACUACGCUGUUGCGGGAUUUUGAGUGUGAAGUGCUGCCGAAUGCAGUGAAAGGCACCUACGUAGGUCACUCUCAAAAUGUUAAAUUUGUCACGUUUGUAGGUACCGAUGGCGAGUUGCUGGCUUCGGGGUCCAGUGAUGCCACAAUUAAGCUCUGGCCUAGCGAACUGUCAAGCACGUCGCAAGAAAAUGGAGAAGAAGAAGCAGAUAAGACCCUGGGCACAGUCUGCCAACAGUGGACUCGAGACCUGCUCGGCCACUCGUCCAGGAUCUGGUACCUUGCCGCCAAUGCAUCAGGAGAGCGUCUUUACUCAGGGUCGGGUGAUGGCACUGUCAAGGUAUGGGACUUGCGCGCAGCGCUAGCCGAGCGAGUUGCGGCUCAAAGUGACUCAAGCGAUCGGCUGAAUGAAAAACGUGGAUCCAAUGUCAUGCAGUCUGCAUUCGAAGCUGCUGCCGCUGCUACCUCGGGUUGUCGAUCUGCAAUUGCGACUACCUCGACGCUGCCCCACAACUACUCAGUGUCAUCGGCCGAGUGUCUGGCAACACUCGCGAGUCCAAAUGGUGGUGACGUGUACAGCGUGAACUUGCAUCCCAGUGAGACGCACUUGGUGACCGGAGGAUAUGACCAAAGUGUGCGAUUGUGGGACAUUGCUACUGGUGCUGUGGUGAAGACGUUUCGCGGGCACUUCGCGUCUGUAUGCGAUAUUCAAUUUAACAGACAUGCCAAUUUUGUUGUGAGCGCGUCGAAAGAUGGCACCAUCCGAUUGUGGGAUAUCCUCAGUGGGCUGUGUGUUCACACUUUGCGUCAGACCUUAGGUGAGGUAACGUCUAUUUCCAUGGCCUCGAAUGGAUAUACGCUACUGAGCGGCUCACGGAAUAACAGCAAUCGUUUGUGGGACUUACGCAUGCUCCAUACUCCACGCGCUCAUCUGACGACGGGUAUAAGCAAUGGGCCGUCCAGCGGUGUAUCGGCUGGAUCAUACUGCGGUUAUUCGACCGGGGGCAACGGGGUCAACGGUCACGGAUCCGGUCACUCGUUGAACAACGGUUUCGGGAGUUUGGGGGUCGCAGCUUACGGUAGCAGUGGCAAUUUGAGUACAAGUGGAAGUACCAGCGGUGGAAGCAGCGCUUUUUCGGGAAGGUGCCACGCAGAGCAACGUCCGCUUCAGCGCUUUAAGGGCCACCGGAAUACUGCUAAAAACAUCGUGCGGGCAUCGUUCGGCCCACGUGAAAGUUUUGUGUUGGGUGGAUCCGAGGACGGCUACAUUUACAUAUGGGAAGUGGCGACGGGCAAGUUGCUCGAGCGGCUCACCGGUCACAGCGGCGUGACUUACAAUGCCCAAUGGCACGAGAAGCAGGCACUACUAGCUUCGAGUUCCCACGACGGUACGAUUAAGACAUGGUGGUGGCAAGACAAAAGUAACUAG